UUACAAAUUAUAAUACUGUGGUAGAAACAAAUUCCGAUUCAGAUGAUGAGGACAAACUCCACAUUGUGGAAGAAGAGAGUGUUACGGAUGCAGCAGACUGUGAAGGCGGUGCACCAGACGAUGACUUGCCAGCAGGCCAGACAGUGUUACCGGGGAGCAGUGGAAGGGAUGGGAGUGCCGCAAACUGCUGGGAAGAUGAAGCAGGAAAGGAAGGACAAGAAAUCCUGGGGCCUGAAGCUCAGGCAGAUGAAGCAGGGUGUACAGUAAAAGAUGAUGAAUGCGACUCAGAUGCAGAAAAUGAGCAAAACCAUGACCCUAAUGUUGAAGAGUUCCUACAACAACAAGACACGGCUGUCAUCUACCCUGAGGCACCUGAAGAGGACCAGAGGCAGGGCACGCCAGAAGCCAGUGGUCAUGAUGAGAAUGGAACACCAGAUGCAUUUUCUCAGUUACUUACCUGCCCGUAUUGUGAUAGAGGCUAUAAGCGCUUUACCUCUCUGAAAGAACACAUUAAAUAUCGCCAUGAGAAGAAUGAAGAUAACUUUAGUUGCUCCCUGUGCAGUUACACCUUUGCAUACAGAACCCAACUUGAACGUCACAUGACAUCACAUAAGUCAGGAAGAGAUCAAAGACAUGUGACACAGUCUGGGGGUAAUCGUAAAUUCAAGUGCACUGAAUGUGGAAAGGCUUUCAAAUACAAACACCAUCUAAAAGAGCACUUAAGAAUUCACAGUGGAGAGAAGCCAUAUGAAUGCCCAAACUGCAAGAAACGUUUUUCUCACUCUGGUUCCUAUAGCUCACACAUAAGCAGUAAGAAGUGUAUCAGCUUGCUGCCUGUGAACGGGAGACCAAGAACGGGACUCAAGACAUCGCAGUGUUCCUCACCGUCUCUCUCGGCAUCACCAGGGAGUCCCACACGGCCACAGAUAAGGCAAAAAAUAGAGAAUAGACCCCUUCAAGAGCAACUCUCUGUAAACCAAAUUAAAACUGAACCUGUGGAUUAUGAGUUCAAACCCAUAGUGGUUGCUUCAGGAAUCAACUGUUCAACCCCUUUACAAAAUGGGGUUUUUAGUGGUGGUGGCCCAUUGCAGGCAACCAGUUCUCCUCAGGGUGUGGUGCAAGCUGUUGUGCUGCCAACAGUUGGUUUGGUUUCUCCCAUAAGUAUCAAUUUAAGUGAUAUUCAGAAUGUACUUAAAGUGGCAGUAGAUGGUAAUGUAAUAAGACAAGUUUUGGAGAAUAAUCAAGCCAAUCUUGCAUCCAAAGAACAAGAAACAAUCAGUGCUUCAUCCAUACAACAAGGUGGUCAUUCUGUUAUUUCAGCCAUCAGUCUUCCUUUGGUUGAUCAAGAUGGAACAACCAAAAUUAUCAUUAACUACAGUCUUGAGCAACCUAGCCAACUUCAAGUUGUUCCUCAGAAUUUGAAAAAAGAAAACCCAGUCCCCACAAACAGUUGCAAAAGCGAAAAGUUACCAGAAGAUCUUACUGUUAAAUCUGAGAAGGACAAAAGCUUCGAUGGGGAAGUGAGUGAUAGCACUUGUCUUCUGUGUGAUGAUUGUCCAGGCGACCUUACUGCACUUCCAGAAUUAAAGCACUAUGAUGUAAAGCAGCCUGCUAGGCCUGCUCCACUCCCUGCCCCAGAGGCUGAGAAGUCCGAGUCCUCUGUUUCAUCAGGUACUGGAGAUGGCAAUUUGUCUCCCAACCAGCCACCUUUAAAGAACCUCUUGUCUCUCCUAAAAGCCUAUUAUGCUUUGAAUGCACAACCAAGUGCAGAAGAGCUCUCAAAAAUUGCUGAUUCUGUAAACCUACCCCUGGAUGUAGUUAAAAAGUGGUUUGAAAAGAUGCAAGCUGGACAGAUUUCAGUGCAGUCUUCUGAACCAUCUUCUCCUGAACCAGACAAAAUAAAUUUUCCUGCAAAGAACGAUGAUCAGCCACAGUCUGCAAAUGCAGAGGAACAACCCCAGGACAGCAAAACAACUCUGCAGAGUCCUCCGAAGACAACACCCUCCCCAGCUCCCCCCGUGGGCUCAGCCACGAAUGGUUCCAGAAGCAGUACACCAUCCCCAUCACCUCUGAACCUUUCCUCAGCCAGAAACACGCAGGUCUAUCCCUAUGCAGCAGAGGGUGCGCAAGAAGAGCCCCAAGUAGAACCUCUCGAUCUUUCACUACCAAAGCAGCAGGGAGAAUUACUGGAAAGGUCUACCAUCACUAGUGUUUACCAGAACAGUGUUUAUUCUGUCCAAGAAGAACCCUUGAACUUGUCUUGUGCAAAAAAGGAGCCACAAAAGGACAUUUGUGUUACAGACUCAGAACCAGUUGUAAAUGUAAUCCCACCAAGUGCCAACCCCAUAAAUAUCGCUAUACCUACAGUCACUGCCCAGUUGCCCACAAUUGUGGCCAUUGCUGACCAGAACAGUGUUCCAUGCUUACGAGCUCUCGCUGCCAAUAAGCAGACCAUUCUGAUUCCCCAGGUGGCUUACACAUACUCAGCGACCGUCAGCCCUGCCGUCCAGGAACCACCCUUGAAAGUGAUCCAGCCAAAUGGAAAUCAGGAUGAAAGGCAAGACACUAGCUCAGAAGGAGUGUCCACUGUGGAAGACCAGAAUGACUCUGACUCCACGCCACCUAAAAAGAAAAUGCGGAAGACAGAGAACGGGAUGUACGCUUGUGACUUGUGUGAUAAGAUUUUUCAGAAGAGUAGCUCAUUACUGAGACAUAAAUAUGAACACACAGGUAAGAGACCCCACGAGUGCGGAAUCUGUAAAAAGGCGUUUAAACACAAACAUCACUUGAUUGAACACAUGCGAUUACAUUCGGGAGAAAAGCCCUACCAAUGUGACAAGUGUGGAAAGCGCUUCUCACACUCCGGAUCUUAUUCUCAACACAUGAAUCAUCGCUACUCGUACUGCAAAAGAGAAGCAGAGGAAAGAGACAGCACAGAGCAGGAAGAAGUGGGGCCGGAAGUGCUGACGAACGAGCGAGUCGGCGCCAGGGCGUCUCCCUCCCAGGCCGACUCAGAUGAGCGGGAGAGUUUGACAAGGGAAGAGGAUGAAGACAGCGAAAAGGAGGAGGAGGAGGAAGAGGAGGAGGAGGAGGAGGAUAAAGAGGCAGAAGAAUUGCAGGAAGAGAAGGAAUGUGACAAACCACAGGGGGAGGAGGAAGAGGAAGAAGAGGUCGAUGAAGAGGUGGAAGAGGCGGAGAAUGAGGGAGAAGCGGCGAACACUGAAGGUGCAGUGAAGGGUGAUGGAGCUGCAAGCCCAGGGAGCAGCUUAGAACAAAAAGCGAACGAGGAUAGUGAGCACGUGUCUGAAGAAAAAACAAACGAAGCCUAAUAGUUUUUCUAGAAAGAAAACAAAUUCUGAUUGGUAAUGAAGUUUGUUCUAUAUUAUCCAUGCUUUUCAUGGAAGCACAGUAACCUGUAUACUGUGAUUCCUGUUCACUACUGUGUAAAGUAAAAACUAUAAAAAAAAAAAAAAUGCUCACAAAAAAAAAAAUUCCGGGUGUGCCUGAAUCACAGACCUAGUAAUUUUUCAUGCAGUUUUCAAAGUUAGGAACAAGUUUGUAACAUGAAGCAGAUUAGAAAACUUUAAGGACUCAGAAAGCAAAGAUUUAAUAGGUUACAGGAAACAUAAUUAGUCAAGCAUAUGACAUUGUUUCGUUUUAUCAGUAUUAUCACUCUUAUGUUGGUUUAUUCUUAUGCUGUACAAUUGGGAGAAAUUUUAUAAUUUUUUAUUGGUAAACAUGUUUAAAGCUAAAGCUAAAUCCGCUUCAGUAUUUUAUUAUGUUUUUUAAAAUGUGAGAACUUCUGCACUACAAAAUUCCCUUCAAGAGAAGUAUAAUGCAGCUCCGAACCAUGCUACUACCUUUUAUAAAUUCAAUCUAGAAGGUAGUCAUUUCUAAUAUUUAGACGUCACAGUAGAGCAUAUUAUCAUUUAAAGUAUUGUUAGCCUUAAGAAAGCAGCUGAUAGAAGAACUGAAGUUUCCUCCUCGUGAUUUUAAAUGGAGUUCAAAAGAUUGUCAUUGAGUUCUGAUUGCAGGGACUAACAGUGUCGAUACUGGUGAGGACAGCGACGUCGUCAGAGUCAGUGUUCGUGAUUGUGUUGGAGUAUGUGGUAACAAAUAUGAGGGAUAUGAUUAUGAAGCUUUGUAUCUCCUUUGGCCUUAAGCAAGACCUGUGUGCUGUAAGUGCCAUUUCUCAGUAUUUUUAAGGCUCUAACCCGCCUUCAUUCAGUGUGUGGCCUACAAUAACUAGCAUUUGUUGAUUUAUUUAUCGUAUCAAAAUUCCCAAAUAAAACAAAACCACUGAUUCUGUCAGAGAAACUAAAACACUGGGACAUUUCAUCCUUUGAUUCUUCAGUAUUCACUCUGUGUUCAUUGAUUUUCAGAAUUUCUCUGCAGAAACUAAAGGGAAAUUUUCUAAUCUGCUUUAUCCAUGUAUUUGCAUUUCGGCCAUGGACACGCCAUUAUUAUUUGGCUCAUAACAGUUUCCAAAUGUUAGUUAUUAUGGACCCAACUUAUUAACAACAUUAGCUGAUUUUUACCUAUCAGUAUUAUUUUAUUUCUUUUAGUUUAUAGAUCUGUGCAACAUUUUUGUACUGUAUGUCUUCAAACCUGGCAGUAUUAAUACCCUUCUUACUGACAUUGUACUUUUAGUUUUAGAAAACUUUUAUAUUUAUGUGUCUUAUUUUUAUAUUUCUUUAUUUAUUACACAGUGUAGUGUAUAAUACUGUAGUUUGUAUUAAUACAAUAAUAUAUUUUAGUAUGAAAAUUUGGAAAGUUGAUAAGAUUUAAAGUAGAGAUGCAAUUGGUUCUCUUGCAUUGAGAUUUGAUUUAACAGUGUUAUGUUAACAUUUAUACUUGCCUUGGACUGUAGAACAGAAUUUAAAUGGGAAUGUAUUAGUUUUACAACUACAAUCAAGUCAUUUUACCUUUUCCCAGUUUUUAAUAUAAAACUUCAAUUUUGAAAUUCACUGUGUGACUAAUAGCAUGACGCUCUGCAGUUUUACUAAGAGAUUAGCCUAACCAUGAAAGUCUUAUUUCCUUAGCAAGCCAAAUUAGAGUUACCUUAUAUAAACAGUGUUGGGAACAAUGUUUAACAUUUCGUGCCAAUUUGUUCCUGUAUUCAUGUAUGUAAGUUACCAAUCUGACUCUUCAUUUUUAAGUUCCUUGUUACACCAUGGUCAUUUUCUAGUUUUUUACCAGAUUCCCCAUCUCACAAUAAAAUGCAUCAACAAGCCUGACUUGCUGUCAUUCUUUCAUCAUUAUCAAGAUUUUCUUUGGAAAACUCUGCGGCUGGGGUAUUACACUGUCAUCCUGCACUCAGGUCAUCUUGAGCUGAACGUUUAGAAUUACAACGCAACCGUGCGUUUUCACAGUGUGGCCGAGUGUUUCUGGCGAGGCCCAGGCGGCCGCAGACGUCCUCCUCCGCAGAGCUCGCUCCUUCUUCCCUCGUGAAACCCUUGCCCCGCCUCUUCUGAUCCUGAGGUCCCCUCAGGGCUGCCCGGGACAGCGCCUUCUCACGUCUGCAUCCUGAUCCCCUUACUGUCACGUACACCCCGUCCCCCACAGGCACCCUAUCAUCCUCACUCACGUGUCGCUGCCCGGUGCAGUGCGGUGCCUAGCACAGUCGGUACAACAGAUACUUGUUGGGUGAAAAUAUAAUCUGCAUGUUUAUAGAGCUCAGCUAUGCUUUAAUUAUUUGUUUUGCUUUUUAUCUCAGAAGAUACGUUAAAUGAUUCCAGUAAUUUAAUUUUCUUAUUUAGGGCUUAUGAAGU